GCACUCUUUCCGCGGCGGGAAGACCAGGGAAGACUAGCUGUCAAUUCUCCUUGUAAUAAUUAUUAUAUUUUAGUUUCAUUAAAUUGUUUACGAAUAAAAGUUAUUCAUUUAUAAUGUUUGAACAAAAAUAUACUUGAUUGAUAUAUACGUUUCAUCGGUGUUUUGAAUGAGUUUAUGCGUAUGACUUAACGCACGUGUUAUUACUGACUUAAAGACAGGUUAUUAAUUACGAUAUGAUCAUGAAGAGUGAGAAACAAAACCUUAAGGGUUUCAGAACAUUAUGGAUUCAAUUUAAUAGAAAGAACACAGACAAACAUCAAUUGUUUCUUAAAGAGCAUUCCAUCAGAAAUCAGUUACCAGAACAUCCAAAAGGAAGAACAUUAUUUGUUCUAAAUGUACCACCUUACGUUACACCUAAAGCAUUACAGAAAGCGUUUAGCCAAAUUUGUGGAAAUGUUACCAAUGUUUUCUUUGUAACGUCAAAAGGGUUUAAAACAGCAUAUGUAGUUUUUGAAAAAGAAACUACACUAGAAAAGGCAUUAGAACUUCCUGCAAACUAUAUGAUAUCAUUAAAUAGAAAAAAUAAUGUUUGCUUAACAGGUUUAGCAAAGUGGUGUAAAGAAUACAAUGAGUCAAUAUGUGAUGAAGAAAAACUGAAGAAGGAAAUUGAAGACUAUAUGUUGGAUUAUGAUAAAAAGAUGGCUGAGAAAAAAGCAAACGAAAAGGCUAUGGAAGAAGAAGCUGAGGAUAAUGAUGGUUGGGUAACUGUAAGUGCACGCAAGAAGAGAGGAGAAUAUGCUCUCUCUAGAAAAGAGUCUACUAUCAAUAAAGUACAACAUAAGGAAGAGCAGAGAAAUAAGAAAAAGCAAUUGCUUAACUUUUAUACUUUCCAAAUUCGUGAGAGUAAAAAACAAAACUUGGCAGAGUUAAGGAAAAAGUUCGAGUUAGAUAAACAAAGGUUACAAAGUUUAAAAUCUAAAAGAACUUUUAGGCCUUUUUAAUUUUGU